AUGGCUGAGAGAGUUUGGCCUGAAGGUCAACCGUCGGGCAUUUCGGACUGCUCAGUUGAGAAUUUCCCGGCUCGGCAGCAAGCGACUCCAUCGACAGUCUUCGGCCAAAGGAUGCCGUACACCCAAGCAGCCAGGAUGUCGAGCAAACACCCAGUGAUCCAGCUUAGACGCAGUGGCGUGCACAAGUGCAACUGCCGGGCUGCACCGCUCACGACGGUCUUGAACAACGCCUGGCUGCCGAGGGCGAUGGACGUGGUGCAGCUGGCGCGGCUGCACAAGUUCCGGGAUUUCUUGAAGUUCGACCGCCCCAGCGUCAAGCGAGUGAUCUUGCCGACGCUGAAUCCACGCGCGCAAUGGUGGUGCGGGUACUUACCGCUGGGUCCGCCCAUGAUCUGCGUCAUUGGGCUGUGCGUCCCGCAGUCCAUGCUCCGCCUCAUGUGUGGCUCCAAGCGCUUUGCGGCAAACAACCGCCCCGUGGGGACCAAGCGCCUGUCGGAGAGUUGGCACCGCGUGCACAUCAAUCGCUGGUCGGAGAGCUAG